AUGGGUAACAAAGCUGAAGAAGGAUCUGGAGCUCAUGUCCUGGCUAAACUUGCGCGCCUGGGAGGCGGUCAGCAGGGGAGACCGCCCCGAGGGGCGCCGCGCCCGGGCAGGUACGGUGCCUUGGUGCCUGCACCGCUGCAGGAUGGACAGAUAAAUACAAGGAGAGCCCAGGGACACUGGGCUUCAGGCCACCAGCACCUCUCUGCAUUAAGAAAUACUCUAGAAAAGAUAAAGAAGAGGCAACAGGAUGUGGUGAGGUUUCUGGAAGCCAAUCGCAUAGAGUUUGAAGAAGUGGAUAUCACCAUGUCAGAGGAGAAAAGACAAUGGAUGUAUAAAAACAUUCCUGAGGAUAGGCAGCCUGCACAGGGCAAUCCACUGCCACCACAGAUAUUCAGCGAUGAUCGGUACUGUGGAGAUUAUGAUGGCUUUUUUGAAUCAAAGGAGAGCAACACUGUGUUCUCCUUUCUUGGACUGAAACCUACUUUGGCAUCAAAGUAGGCAUCAGAACCCUAGAAAGCCGAUGUGAAGCCCCAACAAGCACAUUUCUGAAUGAAUGACCCUGUUCUUCAGCACAUAACAGCUUCCCUAAUGGAUCACUGUGAUAGAGCAAACACGCAUCAUUAGUAGUAGUCUGCUUGCCAUGAGAUGGUGCUCUCCAAUAGUCUGGAGCUAAUGACACACGUAUGAAACAGGCCAGGCUACUCAUCUUCCUUUUUAAUAAUACUCACUGUUGAUGUUUCACUUUUGUCUUUGGCUUGCUCUUGCAACUGGCCCUGAUAUUCUAACAGACAUGUAUGUUUGAGAGCAAGGAGUGGAAGUGUAGGGCUUAUAUCAUUCAUGGAUAUACUUAUGUAGUCAAACUUCCUACUGUUUUUAAGUCUUCCCAAAUUAGCUCAUCAUGAUAGUUAAAGUGCUCAUGGUUAAUUAGGCUGUCUGUGCUGGCUAUGAUCCAGAAGAUAAAAAACAUAAAUUUUGAGAUCUCUGUCUAAGUCAAUAACUGCUGUAUUUUUGCUCUACAUUUAUUUAUUGUGAUGUUUAUUCUAGAUGAUGGUUAUUUUAAGAGACAUGGGCUGCUAAUAUUGUUCAUCAAGACUUGAUUUGUCUAAUGAUGCACAUUGCAACUGACUGUUUAAAACCAAUUCCUUUCAUGAGGGAGGUGCCAAAGUGAAAUAUUUUGACGUUUCCUCUUCCAAAAGCAGGUGAAACGUGCAGGAAAACACUUGGUGGAAAUACCGGGGAGUUCAGAAGAACUAAAGGGGUCUUGUAGCUAAUGGUAAUAUGAAGUUAUCUCUUAAAUGAGAAAGUCUUAACACCCACAGUUGGAGCUCUGUAGUCAGUCUGUCUUGAAAUUUUGCCAAACCCUUCACUUUACCUCCAAUAACACACAGCUCCACCACAAGCCACGUGAAAGUCAGGGGGAUACUUUGAGAGUCAGGGCUCAGUCCCAUGGGUGGUUAACACUACUAUGGUCCAAGAGCACGCCUAAUUUGCCUAGCUGUUGUCUUGGUUAUAUCCCCAGAUGUGGUCAUGUGAUGGUGCCUCAAAGACAGUGAAAAAUCUGGGUGUGUGCUUUGCUGGAUAAGGCCACAAUGGCAGUUCAGCUGAGGAACAGGAGCCAAGUAAAGAAAGUGGAGAUUAUUCUAGGGAGACUGCAUUGAUGUGUAUAGCAGAACUUAGGCCCGUUGUAAUAUACAUUACAAAAUGCAUUCUAGAGAGAAGUCAAAUUGCAUUAUGCAUCUUGAAUCAAGUUUGGCUAUGAAAAUAACAGUUAUGCUGUAAUGUGUCUUUAACUCAAGUGAUUUCAUAAUGACAGGGUAGUGCCAUCACAGUCUUUGGGUAAUGAAAGACAACCAUUAUGUGGAAAAGCUUCUUUGCAAUCACAGUACCACUCAGACUGUGUGGCUUGAAGGAAGCUAAACUUGUAAAAAGUGUCACACUGUCUUGUGCAACAAAUUGAAUGUUCUGUUAACAUCAGUAAACGUGGCAUACAAGACAUGUUAGUUGGAAGGGACAACAGUAGGAGGUCAUCUGGCCCAGCACUGUCAAAAUCAGGGCUAACGACAACACUGGCUUGGAUCAGAUAUAGAUUUGUCUAGCAGAGCAUUAAAAAUAUCCAAAGAUGAAGAUCUCAUAACUCUGUAGGUAACCUGUGCCAUUGCUGCAAUGCUUUCCUAGUGAAAACUUUCUUAUAAAAUCCAGUUUUGACUCCUAGGCUGUAAUUUGUGGCUGUUGCCUUUACUGAGUUUUCUGGGACUCAGAAAGAGAUUGGCACCAUUCUUCUUGCAACUGCCCUCAAGAUAGUUGUAGUCUACCAUUAGAUGACAUCUUAGCCUUCUUUGUACCAGACUGAACAAACCUGGCUCUUCAGUUCAGUUAAAGGGCUAGAUGGAGCAAGAGCACACACGGAUUUGAAGUCCAUGGUUGUAUUUACUGGUCAAAAUCUUAGCCGUGGCACCUUCUCUACAGGAAUCCCGAAUAUAUGUUUUUAAGAAUUGUUGUCUGUGUUAAGGUACUGUGACAUUCUUGUAACCAAUCCCAUAUUUUCAUGAGACUUGAAUCUCACUAUAGGAAGGGAAUAUGACAUUGUUAACUUCACCAAGUUAACAGCAGAAGGAACUAUUCCUAGAAGGAAGUUAAAUAUUUAACUUUGUAAAUGAAUACAUAUAUAAAUUUACAUAAUUGCACAGUUGAUUACAGAAAAGCCAUCCUGGAUUUAUCAUGUACUUGAUACGUUGUAAACUUCUAGAACUGCCUGAAGUCCUGGGUUUGAAAAAUUUACCUAAGUGUGUAAGUAUAUACACAUGAGUAAUCCUGGGCAAAAUCCCAGGCUUACUGAUGUGAAAGGCAAAACCACACUGAUUCCUCCAGGGAUGAAAUUAGUUUUGCAAAACUCCUCUUGAAUUUUGAUAAAUGUAGAAUAGAAGGCUCUCAUUUAGUGGAGAGUUAGUCUUGUUACAGCUGUUAAGUAAACCUAGCUUAUUUCAGAGCACACAUGUGGGCAUAAUCUGUGUGGAGGACAACACUAACUCUGAAGAUAUUCUGCUUGCUUGUAUGGAUUGGCAGUGUAAGUCCCUUAGAAUAUGUGCUUUUGAAUUAUAAGUGACUAGUUUUAAAAAAAAAGAAGUAUAUAUAUA